CAAGCAAGACGUCGAGUAAAGGGAAGGUGAAGCACGGCGCUUCUUCAGCUGCUCCGGCUACAGGUCGAAGCAAAGCAGGGCAUCUUCACAAGACUCAUCAUCAUCUGCACUCUAGUAGAGGGAGUGGACGCAGAAGUGGCAGUCAACAUAACUCGAGUACUUCAACAUCAAGGUCGAAAACUACAUCAGCAACAAGCCAGAAUACUACCACGACCUCUACGUUGAAGCAUCACGCGAAAACAAGACAACCCGCUCUGUCUUACGAAGAACUGCUGAAGAAUCUGACACCACCUUCGGACGAACAUUUUGGGCCACCAGGCUCGUAUGCGAUUUUGCAUCAGCAGCAGCG